UUUUUGCUGUUUCUUAAGAGAACUGUCUGGAAACCCAGGCUGGCUGUCCAGAACAUGAAAGUUGGCGUCUUUCUUUUGUGUUGGGCAUGGGUUCUGUCCACUGAAAGCAGAGUGCAUUGGCCAGGAAGAGAAGUACACGAGAUGUCCAAGAAAGGCAGCCCAAUCCUGAAACGAAGUCCUGAUAUUACCAAAUCACCACUGACAAAGUCAGAGCAGCUUCUGAGGAUAGGUGACCAUGACUUCAGCAUGAGGCCUGGCUUUGGAGGGCCAGCUAUUCCUGUUGGCGUGGAUGUGCAGGUGGAGAGCUUGGACAGCAUCUCAGAGGUUGAUAUGGACUUCACAAUGACCCUCUAUCUGCGGCACUACUGGAAGGAUGAGAGGCUGUCUUUCCCCAGCACCAACAACCUCAGCAUGACGUUUGAUGGGCGGCUGGUGAAGAAGAUCUGGGUCCCUGACAUGUUUUUCGUGCAUUCCAAGCGCUCCUUCACCCACGACACCACCACAGACAAUGUCAUGCUACGGGUCCAGCCUGAUGGGACAGUGCUCUAUAGCCUCAGGGUUACAGUAACUGCCAUGUGCAACAUGGACUUCAGCCGAUUUCCCCUGGACACACAAACAUGCUCCCUGGAGAUUGAAAGCUAUGCCUAUACGGAAGACGACCUCAUGCUCUACUGGAAAAAAGGCAACGACUCCUUAAAGACAGACGAGUGGAUCUCAUUGUCCCAGUUCCUCAUUCAAGAGUUCCACACCACCACCAGGUUGGCCUUUUACAGCAGCACAGGCUGGUACAACCGUCUGUACAUUAACUUCACGUUGCGUCGCCACAUCUUCUUCUUCUUGCUCCAAACCUAUUUCCCUGCCACCCUGAUGGUCAUGCUGUCCUGGGUGUCCUUCUGGAUCGACCGCAGAGCUGUGCCUGCCAGAGUCCCCUUAGGGAUCACCACGGUGCUUACCAUGUCCACCAUCAUCACAGGUGUGAACGCCUCCAUGCCGCGUGUCUCCUAUGUCAAGGCCGUGGACAUCUACCUCUGGGUCAGCUUUGUGUUUGUGUUCCUCUCGGUGCUGGAGUACGCAGCUGUCAACUACCUGACCACAGUGCAGGAGCGGAAGGAGCGCGAGUGGCGGGAGAAGCUCCUCUGCACCUGUGGGCUCCCUCAGCUGCGCACCGCCAUGUUGGGUGGCAGCUACAGGGACGGGGAGGUGAAUGACCUGGGCAGCUACCUGCCAGAUAACGGAGAGAAACCAGACAGGAUGAUGGUGCAGCCAACGCUGGCCUCAGAGAGGAAAAGUCAGAGGAGCAACUACAUGAGCAUGAGAAUUGACACCCAUGCCAUUGAUAAAUACUCCAGGAUCUUUUUUCCAGCAGCAUAUAUUUUAUUCAACUUAAUAUACUGGUCCAUUUUUUCAUAG